AUGUGUUGCUUAUUCGCACAUUCCAAAGGAGAACCGAGAAAGCUCGAUGAAAAAGGAGAAAAAUGCAUCUUUGUCGGCUAUAGUGACCAAUCUAAAGGUUACCGAUUAUUCAAACUAGAUUCAAAGCAGCUGAUCAUUUUAAGAAAUGUCAUCUUUGACGAAGAAGCAAGUUGGCAAUGGAGUACUGAAGUCAAUGAGACGCAAGAAGUAACCAAUCCAAGCCCGUGCACACUGCCACCAUCAUCAACACAACAUGACCAACAACACCAGCAAGAAGAAGUCCCACAACAACAACUUCGAAGAUCAGGAAGGCCACACAAACUGAAUCCAAAGUAUGCAAAUGUUGGAUUUUUUGCCUGUGAACCUCAAAAGUUUGAGGAAGCAUCGAAAGAAGAAGUUUGGAGAAAAGCCAUGGACGAGGAAAUCAAAAUGAUAAAGAAAAAUCAUACAUGGGAGCUCAUGCAAAAACUAGAAGACAAGGAGAUCAUUGGCCUGAAAUGGGUUUACAAAAUUAAAUAUAACGAGGAUGGAACAAUCCAGAAACACAAAGCAAGACUUGUCGCUAAAGGCUAUUCACAACUCCCAGGAGUUGAUUUCAAUGAGACAUUUGCUCCCGUUGUGUGCAUGGAAACAAUCAGAACUGUACUAGCCUUAGCUGCAUAG